AUGGUGACACCAACACACUUUGUACUCCUGGGGUCGCUCAGCUGUGUUCCUGCAGCGUACACUGUUGACGAUUAUUUUGCAAAGGUUUUGACCCACAUAGAGGUGCACUGUUCCCUGGGGUACUUCCGCUGCGCAUCCAGAGACAGAUGCAUCCUGCCAUGGCGGCGUUGUGACGGGCAUACGGACUGCUCGGACGGUAGUGACGAGCAAGAUUGUGUGUGCCUGUCUAUUCCCGAUGAUUUUCUCCUCAACAACAGACUGACAAUGUUGCCGAACCAACUGGGACAGGAGACGUUUGAGGCAAUGUUGAAUUCUUCUGUCCAGGAACUGCUCAACAUUUCUGACGACGUCAGAGAGAACUACCAUCCGGAAUUAAGAGACUUCGUAACUACAGUCAUUUUCCCACAAUGCAGUGUCUCUAAGGAGAACUCAAGUCAUUGCCUUCCGUCUCCACGUGCAGACAACUCAUUAUGCACGGGUUCACAACUGGUACCAUGCCGCUCGUGGUGUGAGGAAGUGCUCAACAAGGCUGAUGACCGAAUAAAGGACAACAUUCCUCCGUGUGAGCUGUUUCCAACAUCGCAAAAUGGCUGUUGGAAUCCUGAACCAACUAAGAAGGCAGACGAAGUUUGCUACCAUGGCAAUGGAAAAAACUACCGCGGAAGUUGGAGUAAGACAGCAUCCGGCGUAGAUUGUAUGGAGUGGUCAACUGAUUAUAACACCGACGAGUACUCCUGGGCUAACCUGGACAACAAUUACUGCCGCAACCCUGCCGGUCUGGAUCGGCCAUUUUGCGUAACUCAAGAUGGUAGCCAGGAGGAAUGUGACGUUAUUCCUUGCAGUAAAGGUCCUCCAAACUACGGCAAGAGAAGCCCCAAAAAGAGGUUCUAUCAUGUGGGAGAAGGGGUCAAGUAUACGUGCAACGAGGGUUACACCCUAACGUCAGGAUACACCAGGGAAGUAAGGUGCACGGAAGAGGGUAAUUGGGAAUAUGACAAGCCCGGCUGUUCAAUUGAUCAUAGACGAAAGUUGCAAGAAGAGGUGCUAGAGAUCUACGGUGCAGGUUUGGCUCCUGAGAACAUCACCAUCAUCUUCAACGGAUCUGUAGAGCAGAUUGUCAACUUGGAUGAAAAGAACGAGCAGCUUGUCACAUCUGUUGUCAUUGAUUUCAAAUGGCGGGAUAGUCGUCUGAGAUGGAAUCCAAGGUACUUUGGUGGCGUCAAGGCCCACAGCGUUCUGGGUAGCAGGAUUUGGACACCGACAUUCACUGUGAAGAGAAAUGCCGACGUCACCUACCGAGGCCUACAACAAGACGUACCUGUUCGAGUUAGCAGUGAUGGGCUGGUAGUCUGGAGUGUAGAAGCCCUGACAACCACCGUGUGUGAUGCAGACCCCUUCUUCUUCCCUGCAGACACCAUGGAAUGCCACAUCUGUUUUUCUGCACACACUGCUAUUAAGCAAACCAUUACUACGGUGAUCAUCGUCUGUAUGGGCCUGAUGGGUUUGUUCCUGUUCUUCACCCUGAUCAUCAUCGUCAUCCAUGGCCGGGAGGGCAGCCUGUCUCCGGCGGCGAAGAUAUUUUUUCUCCGCUACAUGUCAAAGAUGCUGCUGUUGGGUGAUCUGACAGCAAAUAAGCAAAGAAACGAUGAAAAGCCUGGCGUGAUCAACAAUGCCGCCAUAGAGGUGACCAACCGCGCCUAUGAAGCCGAUAACGUGUCGGAGGCUGACGAAGAAGUCAUAUAUUCCGGUGAUGGUGAUGAGAGGAACAAGCAGUACUCAUCGCCUCCAGGCGACGCUACCGGCCGCGGAUCAGCUGGCAUUUCCGAGCUAAACGCCAGCGUUCAAAAGUUGACAAGGGUGCUGAAGACAGAGAUCAGAGAGCUGACCAAGGCCGUGAAGAACGAAGAGGAAGUGUCUGACUACACGCUGCUGGCUAAGGUCCUGGACAUGCUGUGUCUUGUCAUGUACGUCAUCAGUAUCGCAGUAACCGUUCCUAUGACCAUGUACUUGGGCAGGUAA